ACCAGAGCCUCGUAACGUUACAGUUUCAAGCAAAAACCGAACGAUUCGGGCGACCUGUGGUCGAUUCUACUUGUAAAAUUUGGACGAGAAAGUUUCGCGGGAACAUAUUGAAAAUUUCGCGAAAAUUUCGAAUUUCUUCUCGAAUCUUUCUUCUUUCUACGUUUUCUUUCAUUUUAUUCGUUUUACCUGCACGCCAACAAUGAAUAGUAGCGCGAGCAGAAAUAUUCCCGGCAGCUAUUGUAUCACAGUCGCUGUUGCACUUUUUGCUUCGCUUUGUCUCAGUGAAAUCGUAUCCGCACAACCUGGGUAUGACAGAGUUGCGCGCGAGAACACGGUCGAUAUCUACGACACUCUGUUAAAUUUUGCGAAAAUGGGAGAGAAAGGUAUGGCGGAAGAAAUGAGCGCUGGAAUAUCAGGGAUGACUAAAGAACGGCACAAACGAUUAUCGGAUCAAAGGCGAGCAGAGCUAGAGACCCUGAUGGCGCUCUCGAAAAUGACGGGGAAAUUGGUGAACGUGAUCAGGGGAGGACGUCAACUGCAACCAACCAAGACUGACAGGAAAAAGCGUUCGGUCUUCGACAUAAACGUGAAGAAUCUACAAAGACUGUUCCGACUGUCGCAGAAAUUGGGAUACAAAGGAAACGCGGCAUAUCCGGUUGUUAGUUGAAGCCACAGAAUCAUGCAGAAUGUAUUGGCGUGAAUUUAUUUAUCCAUGAAAGUGCAUCGAACCAAAAAAGGAUGACCCUGACAUAAAAGAAAUUUCGUGUAUCGAUUCGUCUGCGAAACCAUUGACGAAUCACAAAUUAGGCGUUUCAUAAAAAAUUAUUAUCAUCUCCUAUGUAUUUCGCAGGAAUAAUACAAAUUCCAAUUGCUGAACAA